AGCGCGAGACACGAGUGCUGUAAAUCCGACCAGUUCAAGCUAAAACUGACGCUAGAUGCCGUAAUAUUUACAGUCUGGGUGUGAGAGAUGUUCCCAAUCUGUAGAGUUUGGCAUUAAUCGGCUCCAGAAUUGAUGUAAAUCUGGUCCUGUGGGCGACGGGAUCACAACUCGCACAACAAUUCACCAAUAAAUACUGGGAAUAUUCCCAUCAUCCUACAAGAGAAGGACAAACUCCAGGAGUAGCAGCUGAAAUCUGUGUGACUGUUAAAGAUGGAGUUUAUUAAAGAGGAGAUGGAGGUUAUUAAAGAGGAGAUUGAAGACAUGAGUUAUCCAGAACCAUCCAGAAUAAAACAUGAAGAUACUGAGGAACAAAUAGACCAGAUGGAAACGAUGGAGCAAAAACACAAACUGAAUGAAGUGGAUGAAAAACAUGGUAACUUAAAAACUCAACAAAAACCCCCCAAAAAGCUGCACACCUGCUCCCAGUGUGGAAAGUUUUACACAUAUAUAUCUGGACUCAAAAAACAUCUGUGUUUUCCCUCUGGAGAGAAACCAUUCAACUGUGAUCAGUGUGGGAAAGAUUUUAUUUCAUCAUCAAAUCUAAAACAACACCUGAAACUUCAUUCAGGUGAGAGGCCUUAUGUGUGUUCUGUCUGUGGAAAGAGUUUUACACGGCUGGAUCAUUGUAAACAGCACCAGAAAUCACACAAUAAAGUGAAAGAUCAUGUGUGUUGUGACUGUGGGAAGAGCUUUACUAGAACUGAAUAUCUGAAACAGCACCGAAGAAUUCAUACUGGAGAAAAACCUUACACGUGCUCAUCUUGUGACAAGAGUUUCACUUAUUCUGCAUCACUGAAAUCACACGAGGUAGUUCAUACUGGAGAGAAGCCGUACAAAUGUACUCAGUGUGAGAAGAGUUUCAGAAGUAAAAUUGUUCUCGAAAAUCAUCUGCGUGUUCACACUGGAGAAAAGCCAUUUAGCUGUGAUCAUUGUGGUAAAGGUUUUAAUUUAUCUUCAAAUUUAAAAGAACACAUGAAAAAACAUUCAAAUGAGAGGCAAUAUGUGUGUUAUUUUUGUGGAAAGAGUUUUACAUGGAUAAACUCUCUUAAACAGCACCAGAUAAUACACACCGGUGUGAGAGAUCAUGUGUGUGGUGACUGUGGGAAGAGCUUUACUAGAGCUUCUUGUCUGAGACUGCAUCAAAGAAUUCAUACUGGAGAAAAACCUUGCAAGUGCUCACAUUGUGACAGAAGUUUCAGUCACUCUUGGUCUCUGAAAGUACAUGAGCGAACUCACACUGGAGAAAAACCUUACAAGUGUUCAUACUGUGACAAGAGUUUCGCUCAGUCUGGAACCCUGAAAGAGCAUAAUAAGCGGCUUCAUACUGGAGAGAAGCGCUGCACUCAGUGUGGAGAGACUUUUCCAUCUUCAUCAAGCCUUCUUAUUCAUAUACAAAAAUAUCAUGAUACGUUGUAA